UUGUCAUGGCGUCUUUGGGACCGAAGCUGCUGCUGCUGCAAUUUAGCUAAAAUCUGUCGACAGUCUGUAAAUCGAAAUGGAGAAAAAUGCAAACCUGCAUCGAGACACUGACGGAAGCUCAUUGUGUGCCACGAUUGCGGCAGAGAUGGGCGAUGUUGCGAUUGUCGGCGGAGUGAAAGGAACAGCCGAGAAAUGCAAGAAUAGUGAGGCACCUCUCAGUACUUUGGUUAACGUUAGUUGUAAUGACAGCACCACAAAUGUUGGUGCUCCCAGUGCCGUUAAUGACAAGUCCAGUGCUGGGAAGUCCGACGUGCCAGAAGCGGUCGAAGUCCUUUCCGCACAGGAGGGUAAGAAGAAGGACACCGAGGCGAUCGGAUCGUGGUCGGGGUCCGGGGAUCAGAUCAGUAACGGGAUGGGGCAUGAGUCGGUGCUGGCUGCAGAAGAUAGAGAGGGUGGUGCCUCAAAGUUAGUAAACAACAAAACCGAUGGCCCGUCCUCACCUCCCGCUAAGGAGAGCACAGAUGUGGGGGGUGAGGUUUUGGCAUGUGGAAAUAGUGAACCGACAAAACUUGCCAAGCCGACUCAUCUGUGUCCGGACAAUGCAAUCACAACAGACGUCAAACUGGGGCUGUCCGGUGAUCGCAGCUUAUCGGAGGGAUUGCCGAGUGGGAGUGACCCCGAUCCCAGUCUCGGUGGUGAGUCCCGAAGCAUAGAUUCACUUGAGUCCUUCUCCAACCUCAAUUCCUGCCCUAGCUCCGACCUCAACAGUGAGGGACUGGAGGAGAGAGGGCUGGCCCUGGCCCUGCAGAGCGAGUAUGGGGCUGAUGGGACAAAGACUUCGUGCACUAAGGACCGGGCCGCUGGCCAGUCCAUAUACCACAUCAAGUGGAUCAAAUGGAGGGAGGAGAAUACGCCGAUCAUCACCCAGAAUGAGAACGGCCCCUGUCCAUUACUGGCAAUUAUGAAUGUCCUUCUGCUUGCAUGGAAGGUUAAGAUGCCACCCAUGAUGGAAAUUAUAACUGCUGAGCAACUCAUGGAGUAUCUUGGAGACUACAUUCUGGAAACGAAGCCUAAAGAGAUAUCAGAGGCUCAGCGGCUAAACUAUGAGCAGAACAUGAGUGAUGCCAUGGCCGUGUUGCAUAAGCUGCAGACGGGUCUGGAUGUGAAUGUUAAGUUCACCGGGGUGCGAGUCUUUGAGUACACCCCAGAAUGCAUUGUGUUUGAUCUGCUGGACAUCCCCCUUUACCACGGCUGGCUGGUUGACCCCCAGAUGCAUGACAUUGUCAAGGCAGUGGGAAACUGCAGCUACAACCAGCUGGUGGAGAAGAUAAUAUCCUGCAAACAGUCAGACAACAGCGAACUGGCAGGUGAAGGCAUUGUAGCAGAGCAGUUUCUGAGCAGCACAGCCACUCAGCUGACGUACCAUGGCUUAUGUGAGCUCACAUCCACUGUACAGGAGGGAGAGCUCUGUGUCUUUUUCAGGAAUAACCACUUCAGCACUAUGAUCAAAUUCAAGGGCCAGCUGUACCUCCUGGUUACAGACCAAGGUUUCCUGACGGAGGAGAAGGUCGUCUGGGAGAGUCUGCACAACGUUGACGGGGAUGGCAACUUCUGUGAUUCAGAGUUCCGGUUGCGGCCUCCCUCUGAUCCAGAGACUGUGUACCGCGGCCAACAGGAUCAGAUAGACCAGGACUAUCUGAUGGCGCUGUCGCUGCAGCAGGAGCAGCAAAGCCAGGACCUGCAGUGGGAGCAACUCCCCGAGGGCAUCAGUGACCUAGAGCUGGCAAAAAAGCUUCAGGAGGAGGAGGACCGACGAGCCUCCCAGUACUACCAGGAGCAAGAGCAGGAGCAGGCGGCAGCAGCACAGGCACAGCAGGGCCAGCAGGAACCUGCCGAGGGAGAUGAGGCAGAAAGAGGAGGUGCAGGAGCAGGUGGAGCAGCAGCCGGCACUGGGACGGUGGCAGCAGCUGGAGCCACACCCAGCCCGGGAAAACAGUCCUCUAGUGGGGAGCGCAAAGCCAAGAAAGAAUCAAAGGAUAAAGACAAAUGUGUUAUUUUGUAACAUACAGUGUGUCUGUGUGAGUGUGCGUGUGAGUGUUUUGUGCAUUUGCUUAUCUGUGAGCACGGGGACAGCAUUUGUUUCUCCAUGGACUGGACACACAACGCUGAGCCCCCACUUGAUGACAAACAAGGGAAGGAGACGAUUGAGGGGAGACGCAACAAGACUAACAGUGGAUCUGCUGUUCCCAAACCACUGGUGCCUGCUAACCUCUAAACCUAGACAUCAGAGGAAGGGACACUACAACAACAACUACCCCUUAUCUUUCAUAGAGUCAGCCAAACUUUGUUACAAGUUGCACAGUGCACUAUAUUUGUGAUGUGGGGUCAAGUUUAUCUGGGGUGUUAUAUUUUAUAGCAAAAGACAUAAUCUGAAGAAACAAAAUGUCACACUUUCACCGUGUUCUUUUCCAAAAGCAUCAUUCAUUUCACUAAUUUUUCAUUUUUGCAGCUUAUAAGCUUUUUUGUACUCAUCAAUAUUGACGAAGCAUAUUAGACAAACUCACUUUUUUGAUUUUAGUUGAGUUUUUUUAAGUUAGCUGUCAAUGCCAAGAUUCACAUUUUAUUUAUAUAUCUGUGUAACAGGUAGCUUUUGGGAGCAGUUUUAUGGGUUUUUUUGUGUAAGAUGAAAGGGAUUCUCUCAUAAUAUUGCCUGUUGGAAUUCAGUGUAACAUUAUUUGUGUCCCCUCUGAAUCACUAUGUACCUAAGGGUUACUUCAUGCCAGAUAGCUGCCAGAUACUGUAGCUUCGUAACAAUACUCAUCACAGCUUGCCCUGUUCAGAUUUGCCUUAAGAAUGGCAGUGUUGUAUUCUGCUCUGUUUGAAUGUGAAUGUGUGUUUGUCUUCAUGUGUAUGUUAUGUACAGUACACGUGUGCUAUGUGGUAUAAUGGCGUGCGGUAUAUGUGUUACAUGUCUCAUUUACUGAGCAUCACUGAUGUAACAAGUUUCAAAUUGGAAAUAGCCAAAUCUUUGACGCUGUAUUAGUUAAGCUACACAUUUAUGAGAUUUCUUUUAUGUUGUGAUUCUAUUUCACAAAAAAACAUGUUUGGGACAGUGAGACUUAGGAAAGCAUUGCAGAUUUUAAUUGACAAGUCUUUUUCUGAAUCUGAUGUUGUUUCUGUGUGAGACACAACUAGCUUUUGGCAGAUUAGAUUUGUAUUAGAUCGCACCCAAUUUAGAGUGCAUGGUAGUUCUGAAAGGCCCCUUUCUUUCUCACAGUCUCUUCUGGCAGCUUCCUGGAGAGAUGCUGUGUGUGUGCGUUUGUGCGUGCGUACGUGCGUGUGUGUGCGCGCACGCGUGUGUGUGUGUGUGUGUGCAGGCACUAUCUUGAUCUCCUCUGUUAGGUUUUGGAUGUAAAAGUUCCACUGCAGGCAGGUUUUGAAGAGAAAUACCACAGAAUUUAGUGAUUUGUAUGUAAUAUUCCUCUAAACCAGGAAAGUUCAGUUCAUAUUUGUGAACAUGUACUACUCUUUUCCACAAACCGGAACCCAAACUCCAAAUCAGUGACAUCAAGACUUGCAACUCACAAUGUUGGGCUCCGUUAGCUGGAUAUUUUCCUCCUCGUUCUGCGCAGUUCUCCCCGGGUUAAUCUCAAUCACCUUUUCUUACCCGUUCUUAGAGAUUUACAUUAGCCCCUGUGUCAAAUUCAGAGAGGGUUAAAUUCAUCUGUCAUUUGUGGAAAAGAAGGCCUAAUAGUGAAUGUUUACAAACUGAGCAGCCCUGGAGGUCUUGGAUAUACACCGAAUACUGAAAUUCUGUGGUAUGACCUUUUAACUUGUGUGCAUUUCACUACAGCGUUGAGUGUGCAAACACAUGAUGUACAUAUUUACCUAAUGCAUUCUUAUGAUGGAUUUGGCUAGUGGUUUGUGCCAUUAUUGUACUAUGGGACUGCCUCCUGAGAAACUUUUCUAUCUAUACAUUCCAAUUGGAUGCCUUGACUCAAGCCUUCUAUUACAGACUGAGGGAGACAGUUGUUACAGGAGGUCUUUGCAGUGCUUGUAAAACCUCCAUCAUUAUUUUGUUCAGUGAGAACAAAUUCAAUGUGAGGACAGGACGAUUACAUGGAGGCAGCAGGCUACCUACUGUGUGGGAACCCUUUCUUAUGGGCUUUGUGUGUUCGCUGGAGUUACAGUUUAUUUGGCCCAGACGAGGCUAUGUUUUGUGUGUAUAUAUAUAUAUAUAUAUAUAUAUAUAUGACGCCUUACAACAUUUCAGCAUAUUUUAUAGGACAACUGGAAACGGGCGUAUUACCAGAAUGAGACAAUCCAUGCAUUUUUCACACGAACAUCAAAAAUACUCUCAGGCCUUUUAUUCAAGGGACAUAUCCUCGAGUGUCUUUUUCAAAUGGUAUGCUUUGUAAUGGCACAGUUCCUUGGCCUGUAGUCACUUUCUCCAUCACACCUUUAAGUAUCUAUUUAUGUAUACUCUCAACUAUUUUGACACUUUGGAGGACUUAACACUAUAUUAUUUAAGACCCUCAUUGUUGAACUUCACACUAGAAAACAAUGACUUAAGAUGCUCCUCUUGUGUUAACUUGGAUUAUAUGAUUAAAAAAAAUAAAAGCCCCUGAGACAGGGUUAAGGAACAUUGUUAACUAUCUACACUUCUCAUUGAGUCCUUAGCAGAUUUUUUUCCAUGCAGCUUAAAUGAGUAACAUAUAAUCAUAAGGUGAAAGGCAGAGCAGAGGCUUUGUGGCAAUAUUGUGUUGGGUUUUUCUAGGGGUUUUUUGUUUUUUUGUCUGUCUUUACCAAGUUUCACCUCAUGUAUGUCUAGGCCCAUCAAGUGAACAUGCUGAUUACACAUUCCAGUGGAAGCUUAAAAAAUGAAACUUCACUUAGGGCUGUUUGAAUUGACUUGGAAGAUUUUAUGUUGGUUGGUGUUUGUCAGAGUGAAAAGAGCGCAGAGCGACACAUGCCACAUGUUUUUAUUUUUAUUAUUAUUAUUAUUAUUAUUAUUAUUAUUUCAGAUUUACUACUGUGCAUUAGCUUGCUAUCCCCUAGUCAUCAAUACCAGAAUUUGAUAUAUUUUGUUGUAAUGUGUUUGUUUCACCCUAGUUCCUAUGAUGAAUUGAUCAGAAGGAUAUUGUGUGUUUAAUGUCUCAAAGUGGUUUCUUGUAUGCCUUGUAAAAGUGAUGGUGGGGUAAAUGCUGUAAAAUGAGUAUUUUGACAAGGUGGUUGUUGAACAUAUAAUCGUUGUAAUUGGUUUUGCACUGUUACAUUGAUAUGCACUAACAGAAGAGAAACAUACCUCAUUUUAUACAGAACAUAAAUUGUGAAAGAGUGCUAUUGUUCUUUGGGUACCUUUUAAAAACUGAAUAAUGGCCAAAAGAAUUCUCUCAAGCGGUUGCUCUUAAGCCAGGCGAAUAAUAUAAAUUUGUAAAAGUAUGAAAGGGCUGUUUAAAUGUUUGGGCUUAAAAGGAUAAAAGAUAGUGCCACUUCAAUAGAACUUGCUGCAAUUUGAUAUAUUCAGGUUAGUGGUACACCUAUACCAGGCAAAAGGCUACCAGUACAAAGGCCAGCACACAGCUCAUAGAUGAUGAGGACGUUAUGAAUUACAACAAGAGAUAGAUGGAUUUCAUUUGAAUUACUUAACAGAAGCAGGUUUUCUACAAAGCACGGAAGAAAAUAUGUAGACAAGGCAACACUGGUAUCUAUUCAAUCAGCAAAAAAAAUGGUGUAGGUGCACCCCUAAUUCAGGUAAUUAUUUUUCCAUCAUUUAACCACACAAUGUUCACAAACAAGGGCGAUAUGCCCAAACUUUAACAUACAGAGAAAGGGGAAAAGGCUGCUUUAUAAGGCUUGAGUGUUGUCAUCUAUGUAGCAGAGGGAAAUGUUCAUUCUUGUUGUAUGAGAUACACAUCCAGAGUGCUGAACAAUCUCAAGGGAGACAUUUUCUUUAACGCAAUAUCAGACUCCCAGAUUUUACUUUGUGGCGCAUGUAUAGUGUGGACUGAAAAGUUAGGCAGAGUUCAGUUUUAUUAUUAACUACCCCAAGAACAUCAUUUCCACUGUGCGGCUCAUUAUGUUUAUAUUUCACAUAAAACAUACAAGCAAAAGGAACGUGUUUGUGAAUAUGGAAGGAUACUCAUUUGUGUUGAUUUCAAUGUUCAUCUAUUUACAUAAAUGACCAAAUAAUGUAUGUAGCCUUUCACAUUACAGUCACAUAUUGUAUAUGGUGAUAUAUAUAUAACAAAAUGCCUUAUAGACGAGGGACAUUCAACCUGAUUAGAAGUUACCAGGAUAAUAAAAGACUAAGAUCAA